AUGUGGAAUUUGCUAGGAAUUUUACCUUCACUUCUGUCUCAAUAUCCACAUCUGAAAGUUUUACUCAUAAUAAAUACUCGUUUAUCCACUUACAAGUCUUGGUACAACAAGAAUAUUAGACUGGAACAUAGUCAAGCAGCAACUCCACACAAUUAUGAAACUAGUAGUUUGGCGGUUUCGACAUGGGAUUCAGUCUUCAGUGAUAUGAAUCAUGCUGAGCUACCAAAUGAUACUAAAAGAGAAAUUUGUAUCAGUGGAGAUACUAAUCCUUUGGUAGUUAGUGCUCUAGAGAAGACUGAUAUACCCAAGUUAGACGAAGUAAAACGUGAUGUGAUAUUAGAUGUUUCACAGUCAAGUUCCAAUUUUCUUUUAUCAUCUAACACACAUGUCAAAUCACCAUUCAUCGAGACACGAAAUGAUAUCUCAGUUAAAAAAACAGCUUAUCAGCCAUUGCAAGGUUUCAGUAAUUACUUUAAUGGAGCUCCCAUAAUAAAUAUACCACAUAUUGUUCAACAGUCAAACACUUUUUAUCUGGAAGAUAUCUUAGAGUGGACCAGUUAUUCAAUUUUCCAAAUGGAUGAAGCAUUAACAAAUUUAAUACAAGAUUCCAUACGUUGUCAAAAUAUGUAUAUCUGGCUUACAAAUAAAGAAUCUGUUAACUGCAUUUCUAAUGAUUACAAAGUGAAUAAAAUGAAAGAAAACUAUGGAAAUGAUGUGAUUAAACAUGGGUUAUUUGAAACAACUCAUCACAGUGGCAUGUUGAAGAAACCCUUAAUACUUUCUAGAGAUCUGGUCAAAUUUUGUUUGGAAUCUGAUCAGAUUUUGAAUGAAGUGGAGGACUAUGGUGAUAACUGUUUAGCAGAUCAUCCGAAGCAACACGCGAAUGAUUUACUAUGGACUAUUUGGCAUAAUAGCGUUCCUGAUGUUGGCGGUACAGAACUCACUAACCAUCAAAACAAGGAAGUUGGUGAGACAGUGGUCAAUGCUCGAGUACAUGCAUGUCUAACGAACUUACUUCAGUGCAUUUUAGCUGGUUGGAUAUCAGUAGAUUACGAACAUUCAAAUACGGGCCUUACUCCACUAAUGGUAUGUUCUGCUGCUGGAUUGCUGGAGGCUGUUGAGCGUUUAUUAGUUCUUGGAGCAAAUCCUUUUACACGCAUUGCGAUGCCCUAUGAUUUGCUGAUCUCGCAAGCCCACAAACAAUAUGCAGAAGACUUUAGGUUGUUCGGUCCAAAACAUCGCAGAAUUACAAUCAAAAAUGAAAUCUAUAAUAUUGUGGGAGUUAAUGCAUACGACUUGGCUCGCAUAUUUGGUUACAAUAAAGUCGCAAACCUACUCAAAAUACAUAUGGUUUCUCAAAGCCUUCGACAUGUGCCUGAAAACUGGGAAGCCAUACUGCUAAGAUUUGGUUCAUGGUUUCAAAACCCAAGUGGUAGUUCAAAGUUCGAUAAAUGCAUUUUAAACGAAAGUCAAACAGUUCAAACUAUUCCACAGACUUCAAAUGAGGACAGAAUAUAUAUUAAUCCACAUAAUCUACACAACAAGUUACUUUUGUCCUAUCAGAUAGCUAGAAAUCGUUCGGAGCCGGAGACAGUUGUUGAUUAUGAUUUACUUACCACGUUAAUUGUGAAAAUUGACAGUAGUUUGCCGGAAGGUGCAGUUUUGGUGUUUUUACCAUCCUAUGAAGAAAUCAUAACAUUAAGAGAAAGGCUACUGAGCCCUGACACUUCUCCUUGGAAAUCAUCAAGAAAACCAUUAUUAUUAGUUCUACAUUCUCGAAUGCUUGUUGCUGAUUUAAAAACAAUCUAUGAUAAGUCUCAGUGUUCCGUUCGCAAACUAAUACUUUCCUCAAAUAUAUCAGAGUCAUGUAUGACGUUUGAUGAUGUAACUUAUGUAAUUGAUUGUGGGUUAGAUUGCACGGAACAAUACCUUGACUGGGCUGGAACCACAUCAUUGAGAAACCACUGGAUUACGAAAUCAAAUGCGAUUCAAAGACAAACUAGAAUAGGCAGAAAUAUGAAAGGAAUAUGUUUUCACAUGUACAGUCGUCUCCGAUUCAUUGUUCUUCCUGAAGAACGUGAAAGUAUUGUCAGAGGACAUGCUGUUGAAGAAGCAUGUAUUCAAGCUCGGUUACUUGCACCACCAAAUAUCUCCAUAGAUAAUGUUCUACGUUCUUUACCGAAGCCACCUCUACCUGAAUCCUCCAGAAGCGCUAUUCAAGCAUUAAUGGAAAUGGAUAUACUGGACAAUUUUGAAGAAUUAACGGAACUGGGUUACCACAUAUGUGAUAUGCCUAUACCACCUCAUUAUGCUAAAAUGGUUUUAGUUAGCGUUGUGCUAAAAUGCCUUGAUCCAAUCCUUACAAUUUCAUGUAUACUGGCUUACACGGAACCAUUUACUACACCCAGAAAUGCCACUGAAAGACGAGAAUUAAUGAAUGCUAGAAGGAAAUUUUCUUCAGAUAGUUAUAGUGAUCAUAUGGUGUUACUGCGAGCUUUCCAGUUUUGGCAGAAAGCUCGAUCGGAAGCUUUUGAAGUUAUCACAGUCAUCCGAACUCAACUACUAGGACAACUUAGAGCCUCCGGUUUUGUAAAAGCUAGAGGAAGCGGAGAUAUUCGAGAUUUGAACAGUAAUUCUGAGAAUUGGGCUGUUGUCAAAGCAGCAAUUGUAGCUGGUAUGUAUGGAAAUUUAGCUCGACUAGACAGAAGGAAUUCAUGCUUCAGAGUAGCAAACAGAAACCAUUCACAGGUUAUGCUUCAUCCCAAUUCUGUAAUCGCUACAAACUCGGAUGGAACGAAAAUGAAUCUAAAUAAUUUACCUUGCGAUUGGCUUGUUUUUGACGACUUGCUCACUUUAGGUGAUUCAAAGGAAGUGAAUAAAACUACAUGUGGAACAAGUGAAAUUCAUGAAUUAAAUGAUAGAAAUUAUUUUGGAAGCCCUUAUUCGAACAGUCAGCUAAAUAACCCACAGUCCACUUCUACCACAUUUAAAAGCAAUACAAAUGAUGCCAUCACAAAGGAUUUAAAGAUCAUACGAUGUGCUAGUAUAGUUUCACCAAUAACUGUGGCUCUGAUGGCUGGACCAAUGAGAUUAUGUCCAGAAAUGAUUAAGCAGUCGCAUGCAAAUGUAAAUGCUUUCAACUUUACAAUGUCUUCAGAGGAAUCACAACAACAAAGACAAGAUGAUCAAGCAAUUUAUAACAACAGGGAAAACAAAUUUGAACAUAACAACAAUGAUAUUCAUGAAAAAAACUAUGCAGAGUUUGAAAAUGAUUCAGAAUCAAAUUCUGAUUCAGAAACUGACAUUAUUAUGAAAUCACUCUUGCAAAACAAUAGUCAGCUACCAAGUAUACAUACCGACAUACGUGAAACUCUAGGUUUAAUUAUACAACAGAAGACGAAAACAGAGCAAAAUCCGAUUAAUAUUAAGCUGAAACCAGACAUCUCAUUAAACUCCACAUUAAAUAGUUCAGAAUUCAAAGAUUCUGUCAUGAAUCUGUCAACAAAUUUCAUUUCUAUGCAGAUUUCCGAUUAUAAGGACUACGCAAAAUCACCUUUUCAAAGACAGACAUAUUCACAGAUGCCAGUAACAUCCUCAUUGUCAUCAACAAAAAAUACUCAGACAAAUAACACAACAUUUUGUUUAGAUUCAACUGGCUUUCUUCAGUUUAUCCUGGAUGCAGAUGAAAGUCAAAUGGUUAUAGGUUUACGGCAGAAAUGGCAUGCAUUGUUCUUACGUCGACUGAAAAAUCCAGGAAAACUGUUUUCCCAACAAGAUGAAGCAGUUCUUAACUGUUUGACAAGUGUCUUAAUGGCUGAAGAACAAGCAUUGGGAUUACGACAGCCAGCUGGUGUUGGUGCGCGUCCUCGUCCGAUGGCAACAGAAUUGUGCAAUCAGUUUGAUUACCCACAAGCUGAUAGUUUUCAACUAACAAGAAUGUCUAGUGAAAAGCCUAUCAACAAUAAUUCUAUAUCAGAUUGUUGUAUCACAACAGAAAGUAAUACCCCUAUCCUUUCCAUUAAUUCUGCAAAUGGUGAUCAUUUAGAACAAGAUAAUGCAACAGGCAGAUAUUCGUCACUCACAAAUACAAAUUGUACAUCACACAUUUCAAAUCUCAACCUAUUAGGUCAUUUCAACAAACUGAAUGAACAACAUUCCUUUCAAGCCUACAGAAAUGAGAUGCAUAUAGGCAAAAGCAAUCCAACCGCCAAAUAUACUGAAACUGCAGGUACAGAAAGAUGGGCACUCUUUCCCAAAGUAAUCACCAAUAAUCACGAUCGCCAAGCCUGUGCUGAUAAUCCUCAUUACAUAUCACCAUCCACGCUGACAAAGAUGAAUAUUACACUGCCGAAAAACGAUACUAUUUCACCUAUCAUUAAUUUGAAUAAAGAAUUUUCAAAACCACUUGUUUAUCCUGAACGUGGAAAUCAAAACUUUUGUCUUGAUUCUUUGGUUAGUUGGAAUAGAGUGAAUUUAUUCGAUAACAAUAAAAAACAACAAAAUAAUCAAGAGGAAAUUCAUAGCAGUCAAACAAAUCAGUGUCUAACCACAUGGGGAAAUACAUGCUUUUCAAAUAAUCCCUGCGCAUUCAGCAGUGUUAUGAAUAACUAUACAAUUUCAAAUCCCACUACUUCUGUUACUAACAAUUAUGCCAUCACUAAUGAUAUUUCUUUGUUUGAUUUAAAUAACAGGGAGAAAACACCACAAGAAUUAAAUCUUUGGUGUAAACAUUAUGACAAAAACUUCAGAUUGUGAAAUUAUGGUAUACACAACUAAGUAGUGGUACAACAAUAUAAAAUGGUUACUUAUUUUUGAACAAUACAAAAAUGAAGACAUUUGCAGAAUAGAAUGAACUCAUUUUAUUUCAUCGCCUUUCAUCAGAAACAAACAGCCUACAGUUAAAAUAGAAUAAUUAGUAGUAAUAACAACAUAACAUACUUUAAACACGCAGAAAUAAAUGCAGGAUUAACAAUAUGGUAGAGUAAGUCAAGGAAACACACGAAUAAUAGUUACAUAUCUUAGUCGAAAUCAAUGACUAUUUAUAUCUGAUGAGAUAGGAAAUUCUUGAGCUGUGGAAUGCGGGGGAUGGGACACAACAGAAGAUAAUCAGCGUAAAAGAAGGGACUAUUUAAGAGC